GGCGUUGAUCCCGGUUCGCUGUUUGCACUCGAUCACUCCCAUCAUGUGCUGUUCACGCCGCAUCGACGCGAUCUCUCUCACCAUCUGCCUUACGCCAGCCAGCAAGAGCACACCAUCUCAGUCCAGUUGGCAUCAAUCUUGACAGCACCUCGUCAGGGCCAGGAGCGGAAGCGGUUUGUGAUCCCAAUCGCCGAGAGCCUCGACGAGUGGAUCGGCAACAUCAACUCAAAAGCCGCCUGA